GAUCAAAACAAAACUACGGAAGAUGGCUUGAAAGUAGAACAGUUCUGCGGUUGCUUAGUUUAAAAAUAUCUGCAUUAAUAAUCGGUGGUGUGUGACAAGAGUAGUAAAUGAAGAAAUAUAUCGCGUUAUUCUAACUUUGUCUUGUGUCGAAGCACUUCUGGUUAUUGUCGGCUUGUCGUGUGCCGUGUGAUCUAUUGCAAUACACACCGGUUGGAAAACAAAAGUGUUGACGAAAAUAUGCGAAUACUCCGGAUCAUCCGGAAAAAGAGCAUUCUAAUGUGUAAAGUGUAGUAUUCGAGGUUGACAUUCAACACUUGCUGCUCAGUUGUCAUAUCCAUCAACAUUUUCUGUUUGAAGAAAAAAAAAUCGUAUAGUUCUUUUUCGCAUUAAACCUGUAGUAACAUUUCCCCCUUAUUGUUACGUGUAACUUUGAAGUGUCGGCAAAGAGACAAACUGAAGUGCCUGAAACUAUUGUUUUAUAUCGAUGCGUUCAACAUGUGCAAUGUUAUUUGUGUUGGCAAUAGUGAUGAAAAGUGCUACGGAAAGCAUAGUAGUGUGAAAUAGAUCGCCAUUCGAAUGUUAUAUGAACUAGAUUGUCAUACUGUUAGUAAUUUUUAUUGAGUGAAUUAAACACUUAGGGUGUCCAAGUUGGGACAAUGGCUGACAACAUAACAGUCUCCAUCAAAGUUCGACCUCUGAUCAAGCGGGAGAAAGAUACCAAGCUGCCGAAGUUAUGGCGCAUCCACGAAAAUACGAUCGCCCAAAUAGACGGAACCGGGGAACCGUUUGUGUUCGAUAACAUCUUCGAUGAAACCGUCUCAACUAGGCAACUGUUCGAUAAAGUAUGUCGCCCGAUCGUAGAAUCUGCACUUAACGGCUUCAACGGUACGAUAUUCGCGUACGGCCAAACUUCGUCCGGUAAAACAUACACAAUGAUGGGCGAUGAGCAGGAACUUGGAGUGGUUACAUUGACUGCGCGGGAGCUGUUCAAGAAGAUUGAAAACAGCAGGGAUCGCCAGUUUUUGAUUAGGGUGGGAUAUAUAGAAAUCUACAACGAGAAGAUUUUCGAUCUACUCGAUAAGAGCAAUGCUAAUCUCAAGAUUUUCGAUAACCAGUGUGGUGGGGAUGUAUUACUGAAUUACAAAGAAGUGAUCACAAAUUGUUCCGAGCAAAUCAUGCAGCUCCUGGAGGAGGGCAAUAAGGCGAAGCGUAUUGGUGACACGAACAUGAACGAGCGAUCGAGUCGUUCCCAUACGAUCUUCCGAAUAACUAUCGAGUCGCGAGAAAUUGGAAGGAAUCAAAACGAGGACAAUGAUGCAGUGCACAUAAGUACACUGAAUUUAGUAGAUUUGGCAGGAAGUGAGCGAGCGGACCAGACUGGUGCGACUGGAUCUCGCUUGAAGGAAGGUUCGCAUAUAAAUAAAAGUCUCCUUUCUUUGAGUUGCGUUAUCCAGAAAUUAAGUGAAAAUGCUGAUAACUUGAAGUAUAUCAACUACAGAGAUUCAAAACUAACACGAAUAUUGCAAGCUUCCCUAGGUGGAAACGCAGUAACUUCCAUGAUUUGUAACAUUACACCAGCUGCGUUGGAGGAGAGCUAUUACACCUUAUCAUUCGCUAUGCGAGCAAAAACCAUCAAGAACAAGCCUAAAGUGAACGAGGUAUUGUCCGAAGCUGCAAUGAUGAAACGUUUAGAACAGGAAAUCAAACGCCUUCAAGAGGAACUCAAAUCAGAACAAAGCAAAAACAGUAGAAUAAAGACUGUUGAGCUACAGAAUGCGAUUGAAACGAGGGCAAAUCAGAUUAUCAACUCGCAGGCUCACUUUCAGUUUGAUAAAUCCCGUCGUCGAACGUGGUGUCCGUCUAAUUCAGCUAUUCCCAAACCAACUGCGUAUACAUCAAUCGAUGCAUACUCAAUGCCCCCUCCACCACCAUUCCUCAAUUCAGUUAGCAGUCUAACACCAUCAUCUGCUAGUGGAGAUGAUACAUCGCCCACAAUACGCCCUGAGCUAGCAAACCACUGCUAUCCGGAUAUUUUGGCGAGAAAAGUACGAUCCACAACACCGAAUCGACAAUAUUUGGCGAUUAAUCCAUUCGAUGCGGGUGACGAGUUUAUACCGGGUGAGCUAGCGGAUUUCGGUGAGGGAUCCCCUCAAAGACUUGCCAGAGAUAUCCACACUCCCCUUGCAUUGAAGAACAAGCGAAGAUCACGCAGGUCAUCGACGGGCGAUUCUCCGGCGAAUUUCAUCGAUUACGAAAAUAGAUGCAGGGAACUGGAGCAAGAACUUCGUGAACUACAGGAAUUCACUAACCUGGAAAAGAACCUUGAUUUGGCUAACAUCAAGCAGCAACUGCAAUCGCAUGAAAAUAUCAAAGAUACGUUGAAGUUGAAGGCGGAUCGCGCUGACGAGAUCGAGGAACGAUGUAAAGACUUCGAGAUCGAGCUGCAGCAGAAGCGCGAGCAAAUCUUCGACAUGGAGAAGGAGCUGAUUGUGGCACGCAAAGAGCGCGAGGCAGCCGUGAAAGAGGCCGAGCACUGUCGCAAUCUGCAAAGCAGUGUCCAGGUCGAGUACGAACUGUUCCAGCAGCGUGCCAAAAAUCGCGAGAAAGAGCUAAUCGAGUCACUCCAGGAGGCAAGAUCCAGUGGUGUUGCCAAGGGCGGUGACAACCACAAAUUGUUGGAUGCUACCAGAAAAGAGCUCAAACAGCUCGAGGUACACAACUACGAAUUGCAACUGCAGUUGGAGCGAUGUAAUGUAGAGCUCGAUCAACUGAGAAAAGCCAGUCAGGAACAGAUGGGAAAGCUCCGAAAGAUUGACGAUGUGCUGGCGAAGGACGUCGCUAGGAAGGAUGCAAAGCGGCUGUUUCGUGUGGUGAUGAAACUGAGGGCAAUCCUGGCGGAUGAGGAUUUGCUACUGAUCAACACCAGCAUCGAUUCGGAUGAGAUGCUGGACAAUUUAGGCGAUUCGAUCCUGAACGAUAGCCUGGACCGUGAUUCUCCGACCAAAAUAGUACUCACUGGUGUAGCGGGUCAAACGAACGUAAUCCAUGAGAAUGGUAACAGUCAAAUGCUGGACAUGGAUAUUCUAAAUGGAGAACUGCGAAAGAAGGUAAAGACGCUGGAAGACAAAAUCUGUGAGAUGAAAAAACUCCUUGAGAAAUACGACUACGAUUGCCGUAAGUUAGAUGAGAAAGAGAGACAGAUGGGAGAACUCGCGAAACAAGUUGAAUAUGAACAAGCGAAAGCAAAAGAGUUACGGAAAAUGCUUGAAGCCAGAAACACUGAGUUCGAUAAGCUCACUGCCGAGUAUGAUGAGCUUUCGACGCAAGUAAUAGACAAUAUUCAGGACAUGGACAAUUACAGAAGUCAAAUCGAAGAGUUGGAAAGUAAACUGCUGCAAUCAUCUUCGGCCACUGCAAAACUCACCGAAGAGCUAGAAUCGCUAAGGGAAACCUCAUCAGAACAGGUCAAGAUAAUACUGAGCAAAACCAUGAAAAUUGAUGAACUAGAGGUUACUUUGGAACGAUCAUCGGUAAUAAUAGAUCAACUGAAUGAAGAUUUGGAAUCAAUUAGAAAAAAGUCCACCGAUGGAUCUGAUGUGGUGCACGAAAAGAACAAAACUAUUCAGCUUCUCGAGCAGAAGCUGGAAGAUUCUUCCGGUAUGGUGGCCAAGUUGAACCGUGACUUAGAAUCACUUAGAAAAAUAUCAGCAGAUGAGAUUGAGAUAUUGAAGGGAGAGAACAAAAUCAUCCGGAACCAGCUUGAAGAGGUUAGUGGUCGAAUCAUUGCUCUGGAGACAGAAUGUGAAGCUUUGAAGAUGUUCAAAACUAAGUAUGAAAGCGCUGCAAUCCAAAUUGAAAAUUUGGAAAAAUCCACUGGAGAACACAGCAACGAAAAACGAUUGCUGGAACAAAGAUUAACGGAACUGAGCGAUUUGCGACAACAGUUGGAUUUUCUCAAGACAAGAAAUAACGACUUGGAGGAAGCAAAAAUAGAAUUGGAGAAAAAGUUGCAAUAUGCUGAAAUAGAACAGGAGAAGCAGGGACUGCUGAAAACACACAUCGAAGAGCAGCAGCUCAAGUUAAGUCAGUUGUAUGGCGAAAAUCACGAUCUGACCGUAGCUGUUCAGGAGCUUUCUGCCAAAAUUGUUUCGUUGGAGGAACAGAUGGUGAAGGAUGAGAACGAAUCGAUCAAUGACUCAAUCCGAUCCAAACACGAUUCAACUCUCCAGGCGUUUGAGGAAGCUAAUCCAAGUUUACAACAGAUGGAGGCCACUGUCAGGGCCUUGGAGCAAGAAAAAGAACAACUGUUACGACAGUUGACUAAAGUCCAAGAGGGGCAUGAUGAUCUGGCGACAAAACAUGAGGAUGCAAUCGAAAGUCACAAAUCCCUUAGAGCCGAACAGCAAAAUAUGGUGGCGGAGCUCGAGAAAAAGAUUGAACAGCUAAAUGAGCAGAAUGAUCAAUUGCAAGCAUCCAAACUGGAACAGGAAAGCUUUUUUCAAAGUCUUUCCGACAAGUUCAAUGUGCUGGAAAAAGAAAAGUCGGACUUACUGGAGCAAAUUAAACUGAUUAGAGAAGACCUGGAAUGCAAACUGAACCAGGCGGACAGCAACAAACUUGAAUCACAAGUAAGCUUACAAAAAUCUCAAGAAGAGCUCCAAUCGAUAAUUGAAGAGAAAAAUCUUCUUGUGCAGCAGAUCGAAUCAAUUAAGCAAGAGCACCAAACUAUGAUGGCGGAACUCAGUAAACAAAUUGAACAGCUGAAUGAGCAGAAUGGUAAAUUACAUGAGUCCAAAUUGGAACAGGAAGGUUCCUUACAACUACUUUCGCACAAGUUCGAUGCUCUGGAAAAGGAAAAAUCGGUCUUACUGGAGCAAAUUAAAAUGGUUAGAGAAGAAUUACAAGCAAGUUUGCAAGAAUCUCGAGCAGAACUUCAAUCAAUAAUUGAAGAGAAAAAUCUUCUUGUGCAGCAGGUCGAUUCACUCAAGGAAGAAGUCCAAACUGUGUUGAAUGAAAAGAAGAAAGCGGAAGAGAAAUGUGAGAGUCUUUGCAAUGAGCUGUCUUCGCUCAUAACUGAGAAAGAACAACACGAUGAAACCGAUCGGAUCGCAUUGAAGAAUGAAAUGAAUAUAUUACAACAAGCAAAACUUGAUAAGGAACAAGAAUUCAACGCGUUGAAAUCGCAGGUGAUCAAUCUAGAAUUGUCGCUAUCGGAAACCUCUGAUCAGAAGGAGAAACUUGCAGCAAAACUUCAGUCUGUGGAGAGCGAGUUGGAAGAAUCCACCAACAUCAGGCAACGUCUGGAAAGAGAGGUGAAAUCAUCGAAGACUGACUUCGAGAAUCUUGAACUACAGAUGAAGGGGUAUAUCGAAAAAGAGGAGUACUAUCUGAAGCAACUAUGUGAGUACAAGCAGCAUUUAGAGGAAAAGACUGACACAAUUGAGCGCGGAUCUAAGGAGCAAAGUGAACUACGAAAUACAAUCGUACAGCUGGAACAGAAGAUGGCUUUGAAGCAACAGGAGAGUACCGAGCAAAUGUCCAUAGUUAAAGGCGAACUGAUGGAAAAAAUAGAAAUCGCGGAAAGGUGUAGCGAGGAACAGAAAGCUGUUUUGAGCGACUUACGUAAAGAAAAAGAUGAACUAUCGAAGCAGCUGCAUGAAACUUCGAUUGAACGUGAAGAUUUUGCGAAACAAAUCGCAGAGAAAAAUGCACGAUUAGAAAACAUCAGUCAGCAAGUACUUUCAUUGGAGGAUCAGUUAGUCGAUGUAAAAAUGCAAAAUGCACAAAUAAUACUUGGUCGUACGCAAAUCGAAAAAGCUAAGAACGACUUAGAACUAGAAGUAUGCUCUCUGAAACAGAAAUGUGAACAGAAGGAACUCGAAAACUCUGCAAAAUUAAACGAAAUUGAAAUGAUGAAAAAGCAGAUAUCGAAGCUGAACGAAAGCAUGGAAGACAUCCAGAAGCAGCUUUCCGAGAAGUGUGUGCAAUUUCAGUAUAAAGAGAAUGCAGAAUCAACUGCCAGAAAACAAAUCGAAGACACGAUUGAGCAAAUCGAAACACUUGAACAGUGUAAGGCGCAGCUGCUGAGUCAGUUGGAUGCGGAGAAGAAAAGGGUACUGUUUUAUGCAAAUGAUGAACUUCCAUCACUUAAGACUACAAUAAAACAACUUUGCGAAAGCGAAAAAGAAUUGAAGACCAAAUUAGCGGACAGUGCGGAGGUAAUAACUCAUCAAUCUCGUGAAAUUCAGCGACUAACUGAACUUUGUGAGCAAAAAAGAUCCACCAAUCAGAAAUUGUCAGAAGAGCUGGAAGAAGCAAGACUAUCACCACCGCUACAAUCGGACGGGCGUCCGUCGCUGGGAGAUAGCAGAGUGGCCCAAGCGCUCCGCAAAGAAAACGAGGACCUGUUGAAACAGCUGAAUGAGGUGCAGAAGGUGAACGCGUUGAAGAUGAAGCAGCUGCAGGACAAGUUGGAUGAAAUGAAACAUUUUGAGGUGGAAAACAUCAAACUCAAGGAGGAUAUCUCAACCAUGCGACACGAUUUAAGUUUCCAGGAAAAAGAAACCCAAAUCGUUGAGCUAACCGAGAAGAUAAAUCACUACGAGUUGGUGUGCGAGGAAACAACCACUCGACAUAGGUCGCUUCAGCGACAAAAUGAUGAACUGCGUGUGAAGCAUCAGAACCUGGUGAUGGAGAUGGACGAUUUACGAAGAAUAGCGGAUAAGGAUCGAAGAUCACGCCGUCAGAGCACUCACGACGAUCGACGCGGUGUGCUUUUCAACACAAAGGAUAGAUCCACCAUGACGGAUCCCAGCUCUACUGAUUGCGGAUGCAUAGAAAUGGACAACCAAAUUAGGGAACUAAAGAGGCAGUUAACGAUUAAAAAUUGCCAACUUAACACACAGAAAAUGAUGGCGGCAACGAAUCCCCUCAAGAAUGAUGUCAUUGAGCUGCGUAACUUGGUCAAGGAUCGGGAAAUGGAAAUCUUCAAGCUACAGAAUGAAAUUCAAACGCUCUCGGUGACGGUGCAGAAUGAACGGAAGCUGGCCGACAAGCGUUGUAGCAAUUGUGUGCGCCAGGAACGUAUGCGCUCGCUCAGAAGUGAUAAGGCAGUUCUAACGGAUCGUGACGAUUCCAUGGAAGCUUUGAACCAGACCAAAAAGCUGGAAGAAACCCAGGAGGAGCUUAGGAACUUGAACGAGAAAUACCAAAACAUGAAACGAUUAUGUAGAAUAAGGAAUGAGAAAAUUGCUAGUCUCAGUCAAGACAUCAUGGAGAAGGAGAACGAGAGCAACUAUGCGAACAAGAGUGUUCAGCAGGAGAUAUACCACCUCAAGAGUCAGUUGAAAGAGAGUGAGCACAAGGCGCUGUGCAUGCAGCGAAUGCUCCAGGGAAAAUGUGGAGUGCCGAAAGUGGAUAAACUGAUGCAAACUGAACCAUCCAGGAAUGCAGUUGAUAAUGAUGAGCUUGACACGUUGCGUACGAAGUAUGAGAAGUAUAAAAACAUGGCUAUUGCACUGUUGGAACAAAACGAGGAUUUAAGGAGGAAGCUAUCGUCACCGUUGAUAAACAGUAGCAACACCUAGAAUUUGUUUCCCAACAGUUCCAUCCCAUCGAGAUUGGAGUUAAUUUUUCCGUCCAGAUAAUUUAAUCAUUCUUGAUUCACCAGUUGUUUGUUUGGGCAUUUUGUUUGUGAUAUUUUUUUAUCUUCGGUCUGUGUAAAUGAAACCAAUUCCUCCUGCAUAGAUGACGAAUUGGAGAGACCGAUUAGAAAAAUGUUCAUGUAGAAUUAAUAUAUUUAGCAUCCCGUUAAAAUAUUCGAUUUUCCUGCAUCGUUGCGUUCGAAUCGUUUAUUAGAUGUAAAUUUCAUUAUCUACCUAUUAUUAUGUAAAAACUUUCUUACUACUAAUCAUGAAUUAUUUAUUCGUACUGUGUACAAACUAAUAUUAAAUUCUUUAAGGAGAACGCAUUAUAAAUGUACAUUACUUAGUCUAAUAAUACGAAGUUUGUGAAAAGGAAAACAAUCGGGUGCAGAUAAUGCGAGUGUGGAAUACAAGCCGAUUUUUUCAUUCAACAUGUA